UGAUGGAGAAAAGGGACACGUGCGCGUUCACAGAGUCUGUAAUUCCAUUCACCUGUUGCAGAGAACCUGCACUGUUUCUGUGUGUGGUGCUGUUUGGAAAUAAUGCACUGUACGCUCAUGUCAGGCUUUUAUUUGCUUAACAAUUGUUAUUUUAUAGCCAACAAGGGAGUUAAAUCUCUCCAUGAAAAAGAAGCAAAUGAAGGUGAAGAACCAGCUGAUGGAUGAAUGCAGUAAAGAGGAAGCACUUCAUGGUGCAGGAGAACACAAGAGCAGCAGUGUGAUCACAUGCAGAGGUUUAGAGGCGGACUGUUCAGUGUCCAUCAGGAGGGAGAGAGACAGAGAGAGAGAGAGCUGGGUGAACAGAAAACUCUCACACACGAGCAGGAGUUGGAGAAGAAUUCCUGUUUGGUUCUGUGCAGAUGUGAGGAUGAUGAGAUUCUGAGAGUGGAGAAUCUUUUAUUAAGGACCUUGUGUCACCCUGCCGCAUCUUACACAUCUUCAAGUGUGUCUGGAGAUAACACACACCAGCUCCAGACGUGGAAGAAUCCGAUCAAGCAGAACGCACGUGGGAUGCAGAUUUACCGUACAACAAGGGGAAAAAAAUCUCUAAAGAGAUUUACAAUGCAUUCUCUUGGUCCUGCAUUCAGCUGGAGCUGAAGUCCUGAAUGGAGAACAAGGCCAUGUACCUGAGCACAUACGAGGAGCAAGACAAUGGCUCAUUUUAUGAGGAGGGCUACGAUGGACGGAACCUGUCCAAACUCAACCUCUGUGAAGAAGCAAGUUCUGGAAAGCGUCGAAGGAAAACAGACAGCUGCUGCGGCCACUUGGACUCUCUGUCCACCAUCAAAUACGCCAUUGUUUCCCUCUACAUCCUGGUCUUGCUGAGUAUCUUCGGCCUCUGCAUCGCAGUUUCCAGGUCCCAGGUGUCAUCAGAGAAGCAGGAGGCUCUGCUGGAGAACGUGACACGUCUGGGAGAUCGCUCCGAAGCUCUGCAGGAGUCUCUCAGCAAGCUACCUUCCCAAAACGACUUGCUGGAGAACAUCUGGAAGCUGGAGCGCCUCUUCCACAACCACAGCGAAGAGCUGAGGCAACUAGGACACCUGGUGCAGGCUCUGGAGCGGGAUAUCCGGGACCUGCAGGCAUUUAGUGAACAUGCCACGGGGUUCAUGGCCCAGAUGGAGAAGCAAGUGGGAAGUAGCCGGAGAAACGGCAGCGAACUCGGAGUAGCUCUGGUCCGAGCCACUGCCUCCAUCCACAACCACGAUGUUGCGCUGCGCGAAAUGGUCAGUCGAGUGGACGUCCUUCACGAGAAACUGGAAGAGGUGGACUGGACCGUGGGCUCCAUCAACCACUCACUCAGCAGCCACGUCAGCACCCAGCAGCUCCAGAUGGAGUUUCUUCAGGUGCAGCUGGGCAAUGUGACCCAGGAUGCCAGGAGUGCCAAGAUCAGGCAGAUCUAUCUGGAGGAGCAGAUGAGGAACGAGCUUGAGAUUCUUAACGUCAUCACUGAGGACCUCAGGCUCAAAGACUGGGAGCACUCCAUGGCCCUGAAGAACAUCAGCAUCAUCGAAGGGCCUCCAGGACCAAAAGGUGAGAAGGGAGACAUGGGACCUUUAGGGCCUACUGGAAUCCCAGGCCUGACAGGCUUUAGAGGUAUACCAGGUGAAAAAGGCAUCCAGGGCCCUCAAGGACUUCGUGGGACCAAUGGUAUCGAUGGCCAAAAUGGGGAGAAAGGAGAUACUGGACCAAUGGGACCCAAAGGCCAGAGAGGAGAACGGGGACUUAAAGGAGAGAAGGGGGACCGAGGGGACCAAGGAGGCAAGACAGUGGAGAACGUUCUGGUGCGUCUGGUGAAUGGCUCAGCGGCACACGAAGGCCGGGUGGAGGUGUAUCAUGAGGGCCGCUGGGGGACGGUGUGUGACGACGUGUGGGAUAAGAAGGACGGAGACGUGGUGUGUCGAAUGCUGGGAUUCCGUGGAGCACGAGAGGUCCACAAAACCGGACGAUUCGGACAAGGUACGGGUCAGAUCUGGAUGGACGACGUGGCAUGUAUCGGCACCGAGAACACCAUCCACCAGUGCAGAUUCUCCGGCUGGGGCAAAACCAACUGCGGUCAUGUCGAGGACGCCGGCGUGACAUGCAACACUUAACCCUCACUCGGGUUUCUGCUGAACGGACUGCUUCACCUUCAGGACUGCAGUGCAGCAGCUGAUUGGCUGAGAGUGAGACACGGAAGACGCCGUCCGUCUCCGAACCACCGUGAAAAGACACGAGGAUCUGUUUGGGCCUUGUUUUCAGCAGGGUGGUGUUGGGGAUGAUGAUGAUGGACGUCCAACCAACCAGGCUGGCAAACAUACAGCCACAAAUUUACUCAAAAGGACUUUAAAAAGUGUAAAGCCAGUUGCCUUUUAAAAACAGAUUUUAUAGUAGCGCACUUUUAUUACCGUCUUUUCCUCGUGACCUCAUUCUGACGAAGCAACUCCUCUGCUUAAAAAUUGAGGCUGGGAACAGGAAGUGUGUAUGAAUCGCAGCAGUAUUAACAGGAGUGAGUGAGUAUCUGUACCAUACGCCAUAAAGGGAACAGAUUCAUGCUGAUUUACUUGAAGUUCAGUACUUUGUGCCUUUCGAGAUUUCUGAUCAGUAUUCACUCAUCAGUAUUUUUCUAUCCCUCACACACGGCUAUUCGAGUGCAGAGUUUAGAGCAGGGAGGAAGUUUAUGGGAAGCUGCACGGCUGCUUGGUUUUGUGCCAGAUCCCUUCUUGUGCCUCUAGCUUGAGUAUUCAGGGAUUGAUUAGUUAGAGUAGGAUUGGAACCAAACCUCUCAGGAGGGUACAUCAUCAGACUUUGAAGGGGAGAGGAGCUCUCUCUUAGUCCUUUAUCGCAGGAUCAGUCAAGACAUGUAGCCAACAUCUCACACUCACCUUUCUCCAUCAUUUCUCCUUGAAAAGCAGAAUAUUUAAUACAUAUACAAAAAUGAAGCCAGACCUAUAUUCCCUAAACCACUAACUCUCAAGCUUUAGGGACACGCCCCCUGUCCAAGAUACUACCAAGAGAUGUUUUCUAUGCGUGUACAUGACAGAGCUGUGAUUUCAGGCAAAUUUGGUAGGGAGAUAUAAAGUAACCAACUCAAACAUCGGGCUCAAAAUAAUUCCUCGGUUCCCCAGCCACAACAUUUGUAGUAACUAAAUAUAAAUGGAUACAAAAAAGGGUUUCAUCUUAUCCAGUCAUACCGUAGACGCCCUUUCGUUAAGCAUGUAUAGAGACUUUAUGACUAAAAAUAAACCUGCUAGUUAGCUUUAGAAGCAGUACAUAGCUACAAACAGCUUUAUCAGAACUAGUGAGAAGAACAACAACAAAAAAAAAAACAGUGGCCUGGCCAAGCCACACCCGCAAAAGACAAUGCAACUGAGCCAUUCUCAGAAAAUGUAACGAGUAACAGUAAAGACAUUUUAAGAAAUUUUGUAUACACUAAUUUUAGUUACAAUCCUUGUAAAUCUAUUUACUAGACAAAAAAAAAGAAUACUUCAUGAAUUCACAAAGCAAGAGAUCAUUAUUAUGAAAAAAUAAUGCCCAGUUGUCGUCUUUACCGUUAUCCUACAGGGUAACGGUAAAGACAUCUCAUGGCAUUUUUGGGUCACGAAGUGCAGAAAAAAAAACGAUAAACAAAUUAUGCAUUUAUUAUCACAUCCUACCUUGCUACUUGGCUAACUAAAUUUUUUCAACAUGCAGCAUCAUUAUCUUUAUCAUUUGGGGGCAAAGACAAUUCAUUUAUCUGAUCACUAUCCUGGACUCCAACAGUCAUGCACCAGUGAUUUUUUCCCCCCCUUCAAAAUGGCUGCUCAACAUCCUGGUCCUUCCUCAUGUAGCUGCACUGCCCUCUAUUGUCAAAGCCCCAAGUUACAGCAUGAUUUUACCACUUGGGUAACGGUGAAGACAUCAAGAAAGUACACGUUCUUGCACGCAUAUUUUCAUUCAAAUUUCACUAAUCCUCAUUUCGACACAUGGCGGUAAUGACAUUUUAGGAUAUUUAGGCUAAAUAAAUUUUUUGCAAAUGCAGACAAGUUGUCAAUUUUUUAUACGGCUCUGUUACAUUCUUUUUAAUAAAUAACUGUAUAAUAGAGGGCCAGCCGUAGGUGCUAAAGGUGGCAACUGGACUUGCUUGAAAUUCUUGAAGAUGUUUCGCCACCUAUUUACAGUUCAAUGAAUGUUUCUAGAGACAGAAGCAUGGCUGCACCUGGGCUCACUGGUCUCCCCUACAGUGGCCAAUCUAUACAUGGAGGAAGUGGAAAGCAAAGCUUUGACCACUUUUUCAGGAGUCACUCCCAGCCACUGGUUCAGGUAUGUGGAUGACACCUGGGUAAAAAUCAAAACCCAUGAGGUGGAAGCCUUCAGAGAGCACAUCAGUGCAGUGGAUAUUAACAUCAAGUUCACUCGGGAGGACAUCAGUGGAAACAACCGAGCCUUUUUGGACUGCAGCGUGCACACUGAACAAGACUGAAGCCUUAGGAUUGAGGUCUACCAGAAACCCACACCCACAGACCAGUACCUACUGUUUGACCCUCACCACCCACUGGAACACAAAUUAGGGGUCAUUAGGACCUUACAUCACCAGGCUCAGAACAUUCGUACAACAAUACAGGAUAAAGAGAAGGAACAAAAACACAUCAAGGAAGUACUUCAGAAGCACGUGUAUCCCAACUGGGCUUCCGUCAAGACCAGAAAAAGAAACAUAAUGGACAGGGAAGAAGAAAACAGCAACAAACACAAGAACAUUGUCAUUCCUUACGUUUCUGGACUAUCUGAGAAAUUCAGAAGGAUCUUCUACAAAAAUACAACAUCCCUGUACACGUCAGACCCAGUAACAUUCUGAGGCAGAAAUUGGUCCAUCCUAACCCGUACACUGGGGACACGAAACAACCGCUUCACAAGCACAUGGCUCAACACAGGAGAGCCAGUUCAUCAGACCAGGACACUGCAGUGUAUGCAUUUUAGCCAAAGAAGACCGGUGGUUUGAAAGAGGAGUAAAAGAAGCCAUCUUCGUCAACCUGGAACAACCAUCACUGAACAGAGGAAGUGAUCUGAGACACCACAUACAAUGCAGUCCUUGGCACACUUCCCAGAAAACUGAAUACACAUUCACACCAAGACUCAGCUGACUUCAAUGAUUCACAUGAUGGCAGAGAGAGCCAACGACCUUCUAAGGCUGCUAACACCAUUCACACCCAGCCUCCAGUGACCCUAACAACCUACAGGAUGACUAAGAGGGUCAACGACUCUCCUUAGGGUUACUUUUGGUCCACUAGAGGAUAAAUACCUGGAACUCCCCACUAGUCAGACAGAACCGAAGGAGCCUUUCGGAUGAGAGGUGAAACGUCUUCAAGAAUUUCAAGCAAGUCCAGUUGCCUUCUUUAGCACCUACGGAUUUACUAGGACCUGGAUGACUGAGAACCUUCACAGACAAUAGAAGGCCAGGAUUAAUGGUUUUAGAGAAAAAGAACAAACUUCAUUUUUAAAACUGAAUGUCACAUUUUCUGAGAAUGGACCCGCUAUAAAGGACGUGAGUGACUCGUCAGUAGAACGAACGUAGAAUCAGAUCGCAAAAGUACAAUUCCGGUUGAUCAACUACAUUUGGUGUUGAGAACAAAUUUAAGUCUUCACUGAAUUAUUACAUUGAUGUCUGUUUGAGAUUAACAUCUGUACACAUGUAUCCAAGUUUGUUUAUUUGUUUGUUUUUUAAAGAGCAAGUGAAGUAGUAGUUCUGGCUGCUACAGUUUCACCACUCAUUUCCUUAAGUGCCUCUUUCCACGUCAGGCUGACUGGAGUGUAUAAUCAUGCACCAAAGACGACACACACCUUCGACAGAGAUAAAUAAUCCUCUUAAACAUUUAUAAACUUCCCAAUUUCCAGUCUGAGUGUAUUAUAUUUAUACUCAUCAAAUUAUUUUCUUCACACAUUGAGAAAUUACCAUACUUCUGUACUAAAAAAUGUAAAAUCCUUUCUGCUUGAAGAAAAAUAAUCUUGCAAUGUUUUGUCUUGCAGUUUAGGAAAACUUACCAUUAAAAAAAAAAUGGAGGAAAAAAAGUGUCAAAAUUGGGUUUUUUGCUAAUGUACCAACACUAUAUAAACCUUAAAUGAUUUAUAUUUACUUUUCUGAUCUCAUCUUGGUGGGAGGUUUU